GAGACCAUACAGUUAUACAUGCCGUCGAACAUACCGGACACCAUCCGGCCUGCAUACUGCGACGGCGAGCUAUGUGCCAUGGAGAAGGACGUCCGAUACGCAUGCGCUAUCGAUGCCUUGGGAGAACUUCGAAGAGGCCUUCACCUUCGCGUGUACAUCAACAAGCUCAAGAUCAAGAAUAUAACGGGCCAGCGGAACAAUACCCGAGCACGGAGCAUGCAGGAGACGAUCGAGCUACGAAUAUCAGCUUCGGCCAGCAAGUAUCGACAAGCCCGGAAGGCGUACAUUUCAUUGGUAGGAGAGGUGGAGGGGGCGCGAUUGAAAGAGUUGAAGGCCGACGAUGUGAAAGGGUUAGGGGAACGAGCAGUUGCCGAGCAGGAGAGAAGAGAGAUCGAGGCCACUCGA